AUGGCCUCUACUAUUCACUCCCUCUCGGGCAUUGCCCCUGUGCCCACCUCGAGCGAGUUCAUCGAUGUCGUCCUCAACUCGACUAUGCGCAAGACGCCUACCGUCAUCCACAAGAACUUCAAGAUUUCGCGUAUCCGUAACUUCUACAUGCGCAAGGUCAAGUUCACCCAGGACACCUUUGACGAGAAGAUUGGCCGUAUUCUCACCGAGUUCCCCAUUCUCGACAACCUCCACCCCUUCCUGUCGUCGCUCCUGAACGUUCUGUACGACAAGAACCACUACAAGCUCGCUCUGGGCCAGAUCUCGACUGCCCGUCACCUGAUCUCGCAGGUCGCCAAGGACUAUGUCCGUCUGCUCAAGUUUGGUGACUCGCUCUACCGCUGCAAGCAGCUCAAGAAGGCUGCCCUUGGUCGUAUGGCCACCAUCAUGCGUCGUCAGAAGGACCCCCUUGCCUACCUCGAGCAGGUUCGCCAGCACAUUUCGCGUCUCCCUUCGAUCGACCCCAACACCCGUACCCUCAUCAUCUGUGGUUACCCCAACGUCGGCAAGUCGUCGUUUGUCAACAAGGUUACCCGCGCGGACGUCGACGUCCAGCCGUACGCCUUCACCACCAAGUCGCUCUUCGUCGGCCACAUGGACUACAAGUACCUCCGCUGGCAGGUUGUCGACACCCCCGGUGUCCUCGACCACCCUCUCGAGGAGAUGAACACCAUUGAGAUGCAGUCGAUCACUGCUCUUGCUCACCUCCGCGCCGCCGUCCUCUACUUUAUGGACCUGUCGGAGCAGUGUGGCUACACCAUCGAGGCCCAGUGCAAGCUCUUCCACUCGAUCAAGCCCCUGUUCGCCAACAAGCCCGUUGUCCUUGUCAUCAACAAGAUUGACAUUGUCCGUCUCGAGGACAUUUCGCCCGAGAACCGUGCCUUUGUUGACACUAUUCUCGAGGACAAGACGGUCACCGUUGUCCAGGCCUCGACCUACUCGGAGGACGGUGUCAUGGACGUUCGCAACAAGUCGUGUGAGCUCCUCCUUGCCCACCGUGUCGAGCAGAAGCUCCGUGGCCACCGCAUCGAGUCGGUUGCCAACAAGAUUCACGUUGCCAUGCCCCAGAAGCGUGACGACGUUGAGCGUACUCCCUUCAUCCCCGACGCGGUCAAGACCCGUGUCAAGUACGACCCCGAGGACCCCAACCGCCGCAAGCUCGAGAAGGAGAAGGAGCAGGAGAUUGGCCUCAACCCAUGGUUGGGUAUCUACACCCAGGACCUCAGGCGCGACUGGCAGCUUGCCGACGACUCGUGGAAGUACGACAUCCAGCCCGAGAUUGUCAACGGCAAGAACGUUGCCGACUUUAUCGACCCCGAUAUCGCCGAGAAGCUCGAGGCUCUCGAGCGCGAGGAGGAGCAGCUCGAGGCCCAGGGCUUCUACGCUUCCGAGGAGGAGGAGAUGCUCGACAGCGAGGAGGAGGAGUUCCUCGACGCCGCCAGCCAAAUUCGCAAGAAGAAGGCCGUCCUCAAGAAGAUGUCUCAGGACAAGAACACUCUCCAGAACCGCCCCCUCAUCCCCCGCAAGAAGCGUCACGUCACUCUCUCCGAGUUCACCCACGGCAUGCGCGAGCACGGCCACGACCCGGCCGUCCUCGAGAAGCGUGCCUCGCGUCUCGUCGAGGCCAAGAAGGCUGCUUGGGAGGCUGCCGAGGCCGAGCGCGGCUCGGACGGUGGCGCUUCGGACGGCGGCAUGGAUGUCGACGGCGACGAGGCUAUGGAGGAGGAGGAGGAGGCCCCCAAGGGCCGCCGCGCCCUCCGCGCCGCUGCCCGUUCGGGCAAGGGCGCUCUCCCCGCCGGUAUCACCACCUCGGAGCAGCUCGACAAGGCCCACACCCUCCGCAUGUUCGCCCAGCGCGAGCCCAACCGUCUCGCCAAGGCCUCCGAGUCGGACCGUCACGUCCCCAUCACCCGCCCCAAGUGGAUGUUGGCCGGCAAGCGCAAGGCCGGCAAGACCCAGCGUCGUUAA